ACGUAAACUAAAUAUUUUAUUCAACUUCGUUUCCAUUUUAUGUAAAAUAUCAUACAUUUACGUAUAAUAUAACUUCUUUUUAUACUAAAUAUAAUACUCAUAUCACAUGUUUGUUGUACGUUAAUAUGCAAUAUGAUAUAAAUUAUAAUACAUGAAGAUAUAAUAGAGUACACAUAUUUACGAUAUAAUGAUUUUCUCAGUCGUCUUCUUACUAAUUGUCCAUUUAACAGGUUCGACUAUACAAGGAUUAAUUAACAGAGAGAGAGAAGAUGAAACUUCAGUGACAGCAUCAACAAUGGAGCUUGGAUUAAAUUUUGAUGAUACUUUUUAUGAAGACAACAAAAAGGAGUUGAAACCUUUGCCAACUUGUUACAAUGCAAAAUAUUGUUCAAUGCUUUGGUUUGAAAAUGCUGUUGCUAAAGAAGAUGAAGAAAAACUGCAGCAUCUCAAGUUUAGUGCUGAUUUCCAUUUCGGACAAGGAAAUUAUUUGGAGGCCAUCGAGAAAUAUGACAAAGCUAUUGGACUUCUCCCAGAACAUAAUUCUUCAAUGCACCAAGACAUGACAGAGUCUUUGGCCAGAGCUCACCUAAUGACAGGAAACCACCAUCAAGCCAUCCACAUUGCAAACAAAUUGUAUCAUCAAGCUGUAAUCCCUUCACAUCGUACACGGCACCUCUACCUGCUACACAACAUUUACACUGCUGUUGGAGAAUCUGAAGAAAACAAGAAAGUCUUACAUAAACUGCUGAUACUUCAUCCAAUCAAUGUCCACUUUUGGAUGGCUUUGACUAACUGUUAUUCACCAGAGACUACAGCUACAACUGACCACUGCAAUAGUCCACACCCAGAUGUCACUGACUGUCACAUCAGUGCACAGCUAGAGACUACAUCCACAACUGGCCACCACAACUGUGUACAACCAGUGACCACAUGUAGAGCUGACCACCACAAUAGUCUACUGCCAGAUGUUAAGGACCUUCACAACUGUCCACAGACAGAGACCACAUCUACAGCUGACCACUACAACUGUCUUUGGCCAGGUGUCACUGACCACAACAGUCCAGAACCAGAUGUCACGCUUUUGAAAUAUCUAACUUGUCUUCAUCGAUGUUCCUCUUUACUGACACACACCUUGAAGACGACUUCAUCUUUUGUUAAGAAACGCCAUAAAACAUUAUUUAACAAGGUCAAUUCAGCAAUUGAACAAUUCCAGAUUGGCAAAUCCAUCACAACAACAAUCAAAGAGGUUGUGUCACAAGAUCUUGGUUACAACACAGAAUUGCCAGCAUCAGAUGACAAACUGGUCAAUCAACAGGAAAACCCUGAAAGUUUAUCAGCAGAAGAUUUUGAGACCAAAUGGUUUUCUUGGAUCAAAAAUAUGGGCCCAUGUUCUUAAAUGUUGACCUGGUGAGGAAUUAGUUGGGGCAAUAUUCAAACACACAGCUGCUUUAAAGUCUUGAAACCAGCUCCUAUGGCAAGAUUUAAAGACAUCACAUACAGAUUUAAGCAGCAUCUCUCAACUUUAGAGAAUGAGGACAAGUGACAUUCUUACAAGACUUUCUCAUCUCUAUCAGAAAAAACAUUACUUUCAUUAUUAUGUUUCGUUCUAGGAUGUAAUGGGUUGGAGGGUUAUGCAAAUUUUGACAUUUGCAUAGAUUUUUCCAGUUGGAUGUCCUUCAUAUUGAAGACUAAUUAUCCUUCAAGUGUUAUGGCCCAUGACCAUGUUAGCAGUCAAACAUAAAUUACCUCACAGCCAUGGAACCAAUUCCAAGAGAAUCUAUUGUCUUUAUUUUCCAGAAAAUAGUAUUACAAAAUAUUCAACCAGUUAUUUAGAAAGUCAUUAAUAUAAAAUCUGAAAUACUUGAUUUUGAAAUGUUUUAAUAAUUUAGAAUUUUUCCAUAAGGUAUAAACUAGAAAUAUUUAAAUUUCAGUGAAGAGUACCAGGGAAACAGGAUCACUUGAGCCAUGUCUGAAUGAUAUUCAUCAUAAUCAACCCUGUACUGCACACCAUCAGUAGAGAAUUAGCAGCUGAAAUAAAAAACAAAAAAAAAAAACACCUUCAAUUAGUCUCUAUCAUAAAACACAUUUCUACAAAAGAAAAAAAAAACAUUUUGGUGGGUUGAGGUGGAAUAUGCUAACAGCAAAGUCUGCCUGCUGUAAACUCUUGAAGUAUAAAACCUUUCAAGAGAUGACCAUGUUUGUAUAAACUAAAAUUUUUUCAGUCCCUAAAUUCUGAAAUGGAUAUUUUACAGCUCAGUAAAAAUAAUGCAACUCACUCAACCAUUGAGGCAUAAUCGAACUCAUUGUCAUUCAUGUAAACUCAGACAAGAAGAGUUAAUAUUAUACCUUAGCAUUUAACACAACAGCAGGAGUAAGUUUUGAACUCGUGACCACUUGGUUACAGUUGUUAUAUUACCGCUUACAAUAUUUCCAGGGUUACAACUAUUAUUACUCUAAAAAUUCAUUUCUUUUCUCUCAAUAAUCAAAAUAAUAUUUCUAAUAAUUCCUUCUGUUUCAACAUUUACAUGGAAAUGAUUGACAGAGUUUUUUAAGUGAACAGUGAUUCCUUCACUUGACACUGGACACUUCUUCCACUCUUUUGAUUACAGCAAAUAACACUAACUUCUGGACCACUUUUUUAACUGCAAUUCUGUAUAGCCUUUAACACUAUCCCCUGUGUGGAAUGUGCCCCACUACUAUGACCAUCGUUGCCCUAACUGGGAUUCAAUCAAAAUUUAGUGGUCACUUACCAUCACUGGAGCCAGUUGAUGCUAAAAAAAAAAUAAAAAAGCAUAAGAAAUAUAUCAAAUUAACAAAAAUCAGUUCAGUUAUAUUUUUUAUCCGGUCAUUUCAAUAUUGCCUUCUUUAUAGAAAAAUGUAGCUAAGGUGGGUCAUAUAAAUUGAGACUACACACACACACACACACACACACACACAGAGAUAUUGUGCCUAUAUAUAUAUAUAUAUAGAGAGAGAGAGAGAGAGAGAAUCUAAAUGAGCAACAGAGAUGUACAGAUGACUGCAUAGACUUCAAACAAAGGAUAUAACUUUAUUUUUUAUCCUUUAUGUUUGAAGUCUAUGUGGUCAUCUGAUGAGAAUGGUUUCUUUCAAAUUGAUGGAAUGUUUUCAUUAAUCAAUCAAAUGGAGCUGCUUGAAAUGGCCAUAAUGAAUUGACACUUGUACAUCUUUGUUACUCAUUCAUAUUCUCUUCACCUAACUUGGAAUCUGCACUUUGGAAAUACUAUAGAAAGUACAGGUCUGAAUUACCAAGGGCAGAUAUCUUCACUUGGCUGGGUUGCAUUGUCUGCACACACGGCAGGAAUAUCAGGUACAAAUACCCACUGCACGGAGUCUUGACAUUCAGUAUUCAAUUAAUAUUGUUUGGGUGUGCAGAUUAUACUGACCAAGUAAGCUGCUUCUAUUUAAGUACCUAAUUCAACGGAAUCUUAAAGGAUUUAUAUUUAAGUUCUUUUUUAUGAGAAACGUUUUUGGGUGCCUCAAAAAGGCUCCUCUGCUAUUUAUUAUGGCUCCUGCUCAUUAUUCCCAUCUUCCAAAGUAAUUUUAUGAGAUGGUUAUUAAUUGGAUGCUGCUCUGGUGUAGGAUAAAUAUAGUAAUGAUAUACUGGUGGGCUUCCAUAUAGUUUUUGUCUGCCAGUUCCACUAACAAGGUAUUGGUUGACCAUACAGCCAUUGCCGAAGAAGAGGUGAGUGCAAGGCAUCAAAGGAUAGAUAUAUUCUGCUGGUUAUAACAGAAUCCUUUUAUCAAGUCAGAAAAUCUUCAUGGCUCUUCAGCAGUCACUGUUGUGUGUCUGCUACUAAAGUAAUUUUUGAAGAUAGCUUUUUCCAUAUAUUUCCUUUCCUGAGUGUCCAGUAACACGGUACCACGUCCUCAUGUUGUUUUUCUCUUGCUUGUUCAGAUUGACUAUAUACCACAUGUUCACAUGGACCCUGGCCUCCUGACUGACUUUGGAGUACCUUAAUUCCUGAAAUGUACCUCCAGAUUACUCUUCUUCUUCAUUCAGAUUAUGCCACUCUACACCUUGAUUGGGGAAAUCAUUACAAUUUCUCUGUGACUCGACCCACUUUAUCUCCUCCUCCUCCCUAUCUUCUGUUCUACUUCCACUUUUCUCUUUCCCUUUUUGUCGCCACCAAUAACACCUACCACGUAUGUAUCAUUGGCAAUUUUCUUUCUCCCUCUUUAAACUUUUUCUAUAUUUCUGAUGAAGAGCUCUGCUCGAAACGUGAAAUCUUCUUUAUUUUCCUGAAUGUCCAAUAACACAGUACUUGUACCAUG